AUGAACAAGUACAGAUAAUUUUUCAUUUAAUUUAAUUUUCAGUUGGAUACAUGUGUAAAUAUUACAUACAGCAUUUUAAUUUUUUUUCAGUUUUAAUGAUUCAAAAGCUAUUUAUCUGGUCCAGCAGGUGGUGUAGUUGGUUAUACAGCUACUAUUCUUUAUAAGCCUGUAAUAGGUUUUGACAUGGGCGGUACAUUGACUGAUGUAAGUCAUUAUGAUGGAUUAUUUGAACACAUUUUUGAAACAUUGAACAUUUCUGGUGUUACAAUCCAGGCGCUUCAAGUAAAUACAAAGUUUAAAUUUGUAUUUUUGUAUUAUCUGGUAAAAAAAAAAAAAAAUGUUUAUUUAGUUAGAUAUAAUACUGUAGCUGAUUAUUACUUAGUGAAAGCAGAUUAUUUUUCAGAUCUGGUUUAUUUGUAGUUGGACCAGAGAGUGCUGGAGCCCAUUCAGGACCAACUUGUUAUAG